UACUUCCGGUUGCGAGAUUUAUUGAAAUAUUGGACAUUUUCAGAUUUUAACGAAUUUUCGAGACAGGUUUGUUUUUAGCAAGUGUCAACCAAUAAAUGACAAUAUUCCUGUUUCUGUGCCCUAAAGACUUCUUAUAGAACAAAAUGUCAAGACAGGUGAAACAGCCAGUAGGUCAGAAGAGACUGACAAAUGUUGCAAUAGUAAGAUUGAAGAAAGGUGGAAAAAGAUUUGAAAUUGCCAGCUAUCCAAACAAAGUAAAUUCAUGGAGAAACAAAGUAGAGACAGAUAUUGAUGAAGUUUUGCAGACACAUACAGUUUUCACAAAUGUUUCAAAAGGGGAAGUAGCUAAAGCUGUGGACUUAAAGAAAAUAUUUGGAACAGACAAUCAGCCUGAAAUUUGUUUAGAGAUUUUAGCUAAAGGUGAACUGCAGGUAUCAGAGAAGGAGCGUCAUGCUCAACUGGAAUCUAUGUUUCGAGAUAUAGCUACUAUAGUAUCAGAUAAAUGUGUGAACCCCGACACAAACAGACCAUAUACUGUCACCAUGAUAGAGAAAGCUAUGAAGGAGCUGCAUUUCUCUGUUAAACCUACCAGAAAUACAAAACAACAGGCAUUAGAUGUUAUAAAACAGUUCACAGAGAAGGAAACAAUCAAAAUACAGAGAGCUUAUAUGAGACUUAAACUCACAAUACCAGGGAAAGAAGGAAGAAAAUUACAGCCUAAAAUAAAGAAAAUAGCAAAGAAAGUUGAGAAAGAUGAGUUUGAUGAUGAACUUGAAAUGGUAGUGCUUAUAGAUCCUGGGUCAUUUAGGGAAAUAGAGGAGCUUGUAAGAGAGUUAACUAAAGGCAAGGCACAGAUUGAGGUGUUAAGUUUAAAGGAUGUUGAAGAAGGAGAUGAGUUUUUUGAAUGAGAGAACUUCUGACUUAGAUAAACAGCAAACUGUUAAUUGUUUUUAAUCAAGACAGAUGUACCUAAAGACAGGUGACAAAUAAAGAGGAGAGUGUUCGAUAACCAGUAUUCCUGCAAUACAUUUAGCCAUUACCCCUUUGAAUGAUAGUGGCGCUAAUAACCAUGCCCAUGCAACAACCUUAAAGCCAUACUAGACACUUUACCAUAAAAUUGCUUGAUGUUACUUUAUUUAUAUUGACACCCCCUUAAAAUAACAAUGAACUGUCCCAAAAUUCAAAG